UGCGAAUGGGGAACUGUACGGAUCCUUCCGAUUUUCACCUUGCCGCAAUUCCCCUCUGCAAAACCCUAGAGUAAAAUUAGAGGAAAACCCAAAUCCUGUUUCUCUUCCUUUAAGAAAACCCUAAUUUCUCUGACCCUUUUAAAAACCCCACCACUGUAACAGCUCCUAUAAACCCUAAAACCCUGUUUUCGAGCUUCUGGGCUUUUGGGUAUUCCCAAGUUAGGAAAUUUUCGCAUUCAAGUUUUAACCUUUGUGGGUUUUGGUUUUUGUGUUUGUGUUAUGUGAAUGGCUGCAGGGACAAUCGGAGGUGAAGAUUCGAGGGAGAAGAUAAGAGGGGCAGAGAGUAACAAGAACAAGGUCUACACAAGGAAAGACCAGAACAAACCCAGAAAUCCCAUCAGACAAACACUAGCUAGUACCACUAAUACUGAUGACAACACCUCCUCUCAGCCUCACCAGGCCAUUGAUAUGGUGGAGUCGGAUGAUUCUUCGAGCCUCAAUCUGGCGGAGCCUGGUGCACAGAAUGUCAGUCAUGAAAACGGGACAUCUGGGUACGUUAAAUAUGAUAACCUUGCUAAGAUAAGCUUGAAUUUCAUCACAAAGAGUGAGGCUAGGGGUAUAAAGAGGAAACUAGUGAGUGAGCUUGAUCAGGUUAGGACUUUAAUGAAGAAACUUGAAGCUAAAGAGGUUCAGUUUAGUAGUGGGUAUACCCGUUCACAGUUCUCGGCAAAUGAGAUUGUUGAUAGGGCUGGAAGUUUAGUGAGGGUGAAUUCUGAGGUUGGUUCUGUUGGGUUGCCAAAUUCGCGCCCUUUUUGUGGAAAUUCUGUGUCUGUAGCAGAUAACAUGACUAUUCAUGGUACUCAUGGUGUUGAUGUUGUUGGUAGUAGUGGUGAGUUUGUGGAUAGAGAGACGAGAACUCCAAAGACAAAUCAGCAUUAUAAGAAUUCAAAUUUUUCACUGGGAAAGCAGAAGUCUAUGCCUACUGAUAGUAACAAGAAGUUGAAACCAAAUGUAGGAAAGAACAAUGGGAGUGGAAUGGGUGGUGAAUCUGGGCCAGAUAGAUUUCCCAGUCAGUUGUUUAAAAGAUGUAGUAAUUUAUUAGGGAGGUUAAUGAAGCACAAAUUUGGUUGGGUUUUUAAUGCUCCGGUGGAUGUUCAGGGGCUUGGCUUGCGUGAUUAUAAUUCAAUUAUUAAGCAUCCAAUGGAUUUGGGCACAGUGAAGACUAGGUUGAACAAUCACUGGUAUAAGUCACCUAGGGAUUUUGCAGUGGAUGUUAGACUAGCAUUUAGUAAUGCAAUGUUGUAUAAUACAAAGGGCCAGGAUGUGCAUUUUAUGGCAGAAACAUUAUCAAAGAUAUUUGAAGAGAGUUGGGCACCUAUAGAGGCUGAGUAUAAUCCCAAUUCGAGGAAAUUCCCUGCACCUUCUUCAGCUCCAGCUCCUACUACUCCUGCUCCUCCACCUCUAGAAACUAGGAGUUUGGAGAGAUCAGAGUCUACAACGAUGCCUGUUGAUCCCACGUCAAGAUCCAUGAAUUUAGCUCCUACAGGUAGGACUCCAGCACCAAAGAAGCCAAAGGCAAAGGACCCUGACAAGAGGGAUAUGACUUAUGAGGAGAAGCAGAGACUGAGCAUAAGCCUUCGGAAUUUGCCUUCAGAUAAAAUAGAUGGCGUUGUCCAGAUUAUUAAGAAGAGAAAUCCAGCACUUUUCCAGCAGGAAGAUGAGAUUGAGAUGGACAUUGACUGUGUUGACCCAGAAACACUCUGGAAGCUUGACAGAUUUGUGACCAAUUAUAAGAAGAGUCUGAGCAAAAUCAAGAGAAAAGCUGAACUUGCUCUGAAAGACAAUGCUGAACCCGACAGCAAUAUUCAUCUGGCUAAUCCAAGACCACCUGCUGCAGAGGCACCAAAAGCAGCUGAAGCUGUUGAGAGGAAGAGGAUUGUUUCCUCAUCAUCUCCUGUUCAUGGAGAAAAGCAAGGCAAUAUCACAAGUGCAUCAAGUAGUUCAAGCGGCUCCAGUACUGAUUCUGGAUCCUCAUCGACUGACUCUGACAGUGAUAGUUCCUCUGGAUAAUGUUUGUGAUUCACCUGGGAUUUUGAUGGGACUUAACUGAGGUCUAUCUUGGGAUGAAAUGAUUCCAAAUUCGCGGACACUUGAGCUUUGCUAACCAGAAUGGAGGCGUGUUGAACUUAUUGGUAUUGGUAUAAUCUAAUUGGUAUCAUCUAACAAUCAAACUGUAACAUACAGGUUACACUCGUCCUUUUGCUACAAUUGUUCCAUGUUGAUAGCCACCACCCAUUUUUGCUUUACAAAUGCCUUCUUCCACCUUUUCCUUAAAAUGGGAUCGCAGGAAUUAUGGCAUAUGCUUUCUUUUCCCUUUAUUCCUUUACAAAUUUCAGUUAAU